AUGGAUAAGCGAAAAUCUCUACAUACAGAGAGCCCUCUCAAAGGGAAAGAAUAAAAGAGGUCUAAAACCUAAGGCAAAAAGCAAAAUCUCACGAAGUAACUGGAUGAACUUAUGCACCCAUAAAAGAUCGAUGUCAAUGAAAUUUAGAAAAAGAUUAUAGACAUAAUCGAUUAAGGACUGUAAUAGAGCAAUAAAGCCAUCCAAGUAUAAUCAAUCUAUGCGCUCUAAGCUUAAAUGCCAAAUGUGAUGAAAGAAUAAUAAUUCACUGAAAAUGUGUUUCAGUUGGCAAUCCAUUACUCAGGAGUCCUUACAGGCUCGAAAGCUGAGCAAUAAGUUUAUGAAAUUAUCCUCACUCUCUCUUAAAACCCAGCUAUUUCACUAUCAGUGACUUCUUAUACCUCUUAGAACUCGCCUCUUUAGGAAAUCUUCUACCAAGAAUGCUCUUUUAACUUGAAAGACUUGAAGAAAAUUGAGAGCCAAUGA